AUGAAAACCUGUAAAUCCAGUCAUUUGGAUUCAGGCGUAGAAUCAGACGUCCAGUGCAGAAGUGGAUCGGGCUGUGUUGUGAAGUGCAGUUCAGAAAGGAUGGAGAACGCUGCAAAAAGAAGACUGGCUGCCAAUGCCAGGGAGAGAAGACGGAUGCAAGGACUGAACACAGCCUUUGAUCGUUUGAGAAAGGUGGUUCCACAGUGGGGUCAAGAUAAGAAACUGUCCAAGUAUGAGACCCUUCAGAUGGCUUUGAGUUAUAUCAUGGCUCUCACUAGAAUACUUGCCGAAGCAGAAAGAUACAGUACUGAAAGAGAAUGGAUUAGCCUUCACUGUGAACACUUUCAUCCGGAGAGCUACCACCAUUACAUGGGACAAAAAAUGGCAAUGGACAGUGAUCCUUAUGCACAGCGAAUAAUCAGCUAUCCCCCUGAACACUUUCAAAUAGCUAAUUAG